AUGCUGAGUGUGGACAUGUACCCCAGUCUGACUCUGGGACCUCAAAGGAUUGGAGACUGCUUCUACAGAGACCGCCAGGCUCCAGCCCACAUGCCGUUGUUCCCUACCGCCUGUGACGUGGCGGCCAAAGCCCUUCCUCCGAGGCUGCUGGCUCCUCCCCCCGUCCCUAAUGACCCCACCACCAAAACCCAAAAAGAUGAGGUGAAGAUGGAGCUGGAGAACGCAUCCUUAUGGAAACAGUUCAGCUCAGUGACCACAGAGAUGAUCAUCACCAAGAAGGGCAGACGGAUGUUUCCCGGGCUGAAGUUAAAGCUCUCAGGCCUGAACCCGUCUCUGCGUUACAUCCUGCUGCUGGACAUCAUCCCGGUGGACAACUCCCGCUAUCGCUUCCAAGGCGGCGGCUGGCAGGCCGUUGGCGCGGCAGAGGCGAGGCUCCCGGACCGGGUUUUCAUCCACCCAGACUCACCUGCCACAGGUGCUCACUGGCAGAGCCGCACCAUCUCGUUUCACUACGCCAAGCUCACUAACAACACACUGGACUCACAGGGACACAUAAUCCUGCACUCGCUGCAUCGCUACCAGCCCAGAAUUCAUGUGAUCGAAGCCAGAGACGUGCUGAGGUGGGGCGGAGGGCAGCACUCCUUUGUUUUCCCAGAGACCCAGUUUCUCACAGUCACCGCCUACCAGAACAACAAGAUCACAGAGCUGAAGAUCAACUCCAACCCCUUCGCUAAAGGCUUCAGAGAGGACGGCAUGAACAGCAAAAAGCAAAGAGAUGCAAGACAGAAGCGCAAAAUAUCUGCCUUGACAGAAACCUUGGAUAUUGUGAACUGUGAUCCAUGCGACUCCACUGAGCUCCUGCCGCAGCCCAUCACCACCAGCACAGACCUGCAGGCCCUCGCUCUGGCCUCUCUGCCCCCGCUGCCCGACCCCUCCUGUGGGUUCAGACCAGACGGAGACUCCUAUCAGGGCGCUCUGGUCCCCGAGCAGCCGCUAGAUCUCGGCCAGGCGUUCAUGGCAUCGCAGAUGUCUGAUAUCAACAUCUCCAUGGGGAAUGAGAUGCAGGGCACACCAGGAAAUGAUGCAGCAAAUACUUUGAUUGAAAGGUCAGACACUCUGGGUGAAGCAGCUUACACCUCCACCUUCCCAGCUGUUCAGGAAAACACCUCCUUCCCCUCAGCUCCUCUCCCGCAGCCCUCUUCCUUCUCCUCCCUGCCCGACUCUUCACACACACCCAAUCCUCAGCCUAUCGACUACCCCUCCCUUCUCUCAACCUCCCCCAGGCUCUCCUCCUCCUCCUCCACCACCACCACUCCCUCACUGCAGCAGACCUCCUUCACCUUCCCCACUCCUCCUCCCUCUAACUCCUCCUCCCCACAGCCCCUCCUGUCCUCCUCCUCCCCCUCUGCCAACACCUAUCACCCCCUCCCAGACACAAUCAGCCCACAUACACCCUCAGACGCCUCUUUCCCUGCUCCACCUUCCACAUGUCAGUCAAACCUGCAGGACCAAAUAUCCGUUCACUCCCUGCUCGCUGCCCCCAGUGAGCCUCUGCAGGGUGAAGCCAUUACCAGCAGAGAUAACUCCCCGAAUGAUCAAAACUCUACAUUUAUCAAUCAAAAUCCUGCAAAUCCUGCUCCAGUUACCGCUCAGAUGCUCCCCAACUACAACCACCCACCAGCUCCCAGCAUGCACUGCUCCCUCCCCCCUCAUGGCUCCACUUCAUCUUUCGCCUUCCCUUCUGUCCCUCCACACGUGCAAAAUCUGUCAUUUUCUAACCCCAGCUCUGCCCACCAUGCCCUACACCUCCCAAACCUCAGCCACCAAGCCCAGGCUCCUUCCCUCGCUGCUGCCUUCCCUCCCUCCUCCUUCACUCACCCGUCCCCCUCCCUCCCUCACCCUUCCUUCCAGCCCUCCUCCUGCUUGGCUGUCUCCUCUUCUUUCCAGCAGCCCGUCCCUUCAGCUCCCUCGAUGCCAACAACAGGUCAAAACCUGCCCAACCCUUCCACCUCCUCGUACGCUCCAGUUGAAUUAGGCGCCAUCCCACAGUUCAACCCUGCUGCCCCCUAUCGCCCAGACAUGGUACUGCACCACCCGUCUCUUCUCCCUCAGCUGGAUCCAUCACUCCCCUCCAACCUCCCCUCCUCCACCCCUCCUCCGGCCCUUUACCCCGCCUUCCCGUCCUACCCUCUCCGGCUCUGUCAGGACCCCCACCCAUCCCUCUCCAUCCCAUUCAGGCAUCUGUACAGACAACACCAGCACGGACACGCCCACCCACAGGGGUCCUACCUGGAUAUGAGCACAAGAGCUGUGUUUUAG